CCUUAAUUUGAUCCAUUCUCAUAAUUUCCUCAUAUUCCCCGCUCAGAUCACAACAAAACCUUCAGAUAUCAGAUAUGGAAGCGUAUUCUUCUUACUCUUCUUCAUCCUCGUCUACGUACUCGACACCGAAAGCAAAGGCUAACUCUUUGCAUUCCUCAGUACUCCAUACAGUUCGAAAGUCUCCAGCAAAGCCAGGGAAGAAGCCGGCUGUAGCGCCACCGCUGCCUCCAAAACCGCCUAGAAUAUACAAGGUGGAUCCCGUUAACUUCCGGGACGUUGUCCAGAAGCUCACCGGUGCAACCGAGUUCCAGCCUCGGCGUCUUCAAAGCGCGGCGCCUCCUCCGCUCAAUGUUCUCGCGCCGCCGCCAUCGUCUGCAGAGCCUCCGCAUGAGCAGCUCCAGCUUCCUACAGCAAAAACAGUACCGUUCUGGGCAGCGUACCCUCAGGACAUGAUGUCUGGAACACAUACACAGGAAAUCAUGAAAUCCCAGAAAAUGUCUGAUAGCACUGAAGAGUCGCCAUUUUCGCUUGGGAUGAUGAAUCAGCCUCCCACGUCUCAUAAUUGGUUUUCUUUCCCUCUUCUGAGUCCAGGAACCAUUUCCAGUCUGGACCAGAGCACGUACGGUUCCUUAGCUCUUUGAUCACUUAAUUAGACUGCAUGUUCUCCUUGUCUUUGGCCGCCAUGGCUAACUAGCUAGAUAUUGUCAACGCAAGACGACGAUAAGCUAGAGCUACAUUUUCAUUUACGACUUCAUUGUUUCAUUUACUACUUCAUUGUAACCAGUAUUUACUGUAUGUUCAUAAAUAUAAGCUAAUAAUAAUAUACUUCUUUGCGUCAA